AUGGCGAUGAAAGGCAAGCUUUGUUUAGCUAUCUUCCUCUUCUUCCUGUUAGCCUUAUGUUCAAACUUAGCCAUGGCCACAGAAAAAAAAGUGGUAGAAGACCCUGAGCUCAAAACGUGUAAACACCAGUGCAAACAGCAGCGGGAAUACAGUGAGGAUGACAAGCGCAUAUGCAUGCAAAUGUGUGAUAAGUAUCGUGAGAUGAAGCAAAAACGAGAGAAACAAAUAGAAGAGGAAAUUCGUAGGAAGAAAGAGCAUGAGAUGGAGGAAAAAGGUAAUCACCAUCAUCAUCACAGUGAAGAGGAGGAGGAAGAAGAAGAAGAAGAAGAAAAGGAAGAAAAGGAAAAUCCCUACGUUUUUGAAGAUAACGAUUUUGACACCAGAGUUGAUACAGAGGAUGGCAGAGAAUGUGUACUACAAAAGUUCACCAAAAAAUCCAAGUUUCUUCAAGGCAUUCAGAAUUUUCGUUUGGCCAUUUUAGAAGCUAACCCACGUAGUUUCGUGUCUCCACGCCACUUUGAUUCUGAGGCUGUUUUCGUGGACGUGAAGGGGCGAGCUACAAUUGGCUUGGUGAUUGAAGACAAAACAGAAAGAUUCAACCUUGAACCUGGAGACAUCAUGAGGAUACCAGCUGGGACCCCUGUAUACGUGGUUAAUAGAGAUGCGAAUGAAAAGCUCUUCAUUGCACAAUUCCAUUUACCUGUCUCUACUCCUGGAAAUUUUGAGGCAUUUUUUGGGCCUGGAGGGAAAGACCCAGAAUCAGUCCUCAAAGCAUUCAGCUGGGAUGUCCUCGAAGCUGCACUUCAAACCCCUAGAGGAAGGUUAGAAGGGCUUUUUAGUAAACAGAAGAAGGGAAGUAUAUUCAAAAUAUCCAAUGAACACGUGCAAGCAUUGGCCCCCCAGACAGGGUUUUGGCCUUUUGGGUCAUCGAGGGAUCCAUUCAAUAUUUUCAGCAAGAGUCCCACUUUCUCCAACCAAUAUGGUCGUCUCUUUGAAGUUGGUCCUGAUGAUAAAAAGAGCGGUCUUCAAGGACUCAAUUUCAUGCUUACCUUCGCCAACAUCACCAAGGGAUCUAUGAGUACUCUGCAUUACAACUCACAUGCAACCAAGAUAGCACUGGUAAUUGAAGGUGAUGGAGAAGGGCGUUUUGAGAUGGCAUGCCCUCAUGUUUCAUCAUCAAAGUCACACUCAUCAUAUCAUAAGAUCAGUGCAAGAUUGAGGACUGGAGUGGUGUUUGUUGUUCCUGCUGGUCAUCCCUUCGUUACCAUAGCUUCAAAGAAAAGUAACCUGCUGAUUCUUUGCUUCGAGGUUAACGCUCGAGGGAACAAGAAGCUUAAUUUUGCGGGGAAGAGGAACAUUGUGAGUGCACUGGACAAGAAUGCAAAGGAGCUGGCAUUUAACUACCCUGCGGAGAAGGUGGAUGAGAUCUUCAACAGGGAUGAGCAAUUCUUUUUCCCUGGACCUUACACUUUCGAGGAGAGCGAGGACAGUGGUCGUGCUUAUGCUUAA